GCUGAUGGUAAUUUAAUUCGUCGGUAAGGUAGAUCUCUGCAAUUCCUCCGCAGAGUUGGACGAUUCGCGAUGCGUAAUGACGCGCGCCGUAGCUGAAUCGAGUUAAAGAUAUACGAUCGACUCUUCAUCUGGCGUGUAGUACUUUUAAUCUUGUUACUCAUUUCAUCUAUAAUUUCCCUUGUGGGAUAUAUCAAAUUCGGAUUAGUGGAGGCUGUUAGGCCAGUCCGGAUAUCCAGCUGGGUUCUCUAAGCGUUAUUUAAGGAUCUCUUCAGUUUUUUUCUGCUGAGAAACAUGAAGACAUUCAAUAUAUGUAAGACUUAAUUUACAAAUGUAACAUUUAUCUUUACAUAUAGAAUCUUUAACUUAUUUAUUUGCAUAGUAAGAAAAAAAAGAACAAUGUUCUGCAGUAUAAGAAAUUGUAUGCCGGCUAUGGUGAGGCGUAUUUCGUUAUUUCGUCAAAAUAAUAAACGGUAUGAAAUAAAUAAUAAUAACGAGUUUGUGAACAAAGUGAUGAAUGGCAACGUGCCAGUUAUAGUUAAUUUUCACGCAGAAUGGUGCAAUCCUUGUAAGAUAUUAACACCCAAGUUAAUAGAACUUAUAGAGCCUAUGGACAAGAUAGAUUUGGCUAUAGUCGAUGUAGAAGAGAAUCCCGAGUUGGUGCACGUCUUCGAAGUGAAAGCUGUACCUGCAGUGAUAGCAAUUUCAAAUGGCUUAGUUGUAGAUAAAUUUAUCGGUUUAGUUAACAACGAGAUAAUAGAGAAUUUAAUACAGAAACUAACGCAUGAAGGACCAAUUAAUACAGAAAGUAACGAUACCAAGUCGUAAUCAUGGUAACAUAAUAAAUUAUGUAAAAAACACAUUUUACGCUUCCAUUUCUCUCUAUUGAUUAAAUGUAUUUUCAUACUUGUAGAGAGAAUGUAACAUUUUAAGCUAUUUCGUCCAAGAAUUAUGGCCUUUUUUAUCUAAUCAUGCUCAGAUAAGCAAUAGGUAAAAAUUUUAGAUAUAUAUUUAUGUUGUAAAAGGCAAUAUAUAUAUAUAUAAACUUAAUGACGAAACUAAUAUAUAUGUAACACUCAUAAAUCUAUUGAUGUCCAGAUUAUAUAUUAUAUCGAAAUAUUUGUAUUAUAUAUAAAUAUUCUAUGAUACAGAGAGCUUGUUCAACAGCCUAUAUUCUUGAAUCGACCAAAAAUAUAUUAGAGAUUCUCUUGAAAUGUUUAAAACAAAUAAUAAAAGAAAUCCUAGAUUCUAGAAAAAUUAUUAUAGAAACUAUUGUGAAAAAAAACUAUGAACUUGUAUGAAACUUGUGAUAUAUGUCUUUUUAGACACGACUUUUCGAUAUUCUCGAGAUAGCUGUUCGUAUCUUCAACACUCAACAUUUAUAUAUAUAUUAUAAAUGAUAUAUACAUUUCAUAGAAAUCAUCUGACGAGUCAAACUGAUAACGAAUUAUAUGCAAUGAUGAUAAAUUUUCAAAGUGAUUCGCAAACUGCGUUGACGUAUAACGAUACAUAUUUUUAAAAUACGUUUCAUACACAUAUUUUUCUGAUGUAACUUAAUUUCAUUUUUAAUAACAUAAUAAUAAUGAUUUUGAUUGAUGUUCAACAGAUUUAUAUGCUAAUUUCUUAAAUUGUACAAAAUGUGUAUAUUAAUUUCAGUAAAUUGUUUAAAAGAUUAGAGGACAGUUACUUCAGCGACUAAAUCAAGCAUGUAUCUUUGUGGCAGUGCAAUCGAGAUAAAUCAUUAUCUAAUCAGAUUUCAAUAUUUCUCGUUUAUUAUUGAUCUUUGUGUACAAUCAGUGUGUACGAAAGUACUGUCCAUUAAAGAUAUAAUAGGCCAGAGA